GCUAGCUACAGCGCUAUUGGUACGGGUCGGUAUCAAGUAGGGCCAGGCAGUGUUUUGGUAGACUGCAGCAAGGUUUCUAGUACCUGCAUGUGGAUGUCUGUAGGUCCAUGUGGCUGCUCCAUCCCGCUCGAUGCACGAUCGGACCUAGAGCUAUUAAUAUCCAGGACGUAUGCAAACAGUUGCAAGCAACGAUUCCGUUGGUAUAAAGGCCAGUCGACGUUCUCGGCGGGAUCUCUUUCCCCUUUCUCUGGUCCCACUAUGACACCCUUUGGUUUCGACAGCGCUUCUCCUCCGCCCGCUACCUCGGUUGUGGUAAUUAACAAAGAAGGCGGGGAAGCUGGAAUCGUUGAAGACGACGAUGACGACGUCAUAGAUACCAUUGCAGAGAAGAGGUUACUGCGGCAGCUCGACUUGCGAAUCCUUCCCUUCUUCGUCUUUAUGUCUAUCUUCGCCAGUUUGGCUUCAGAGAGUUUGGGAAAUGUCAUCAUCCUCAACGCCGACAGCGGUGACUCUCUCCUUCAAGCGUUGCAUAUGACCCGGCACCAAUUUCUCGUUGUGAUUUCUACUUCGCUUGUCGCCCAUGCACUCUGCAAUUCCAACUAUAUCAUGGUGCUCAUUCUGCGUUUUGUUCUGGGUGCGCUCGACAUGGGGUUUCUACCUGGCGUGGUCUACAUCACCACAAUUUGGUAUCGCCUCCAAGAGCGCUCCUUUCGUAUAUCGCUUUUAACAGCAUCAUCGCCUCUCGGAGCCGCAUUCAGUGGAUGUAUUGCUUACGGAGUCGGGAGUUUGAAUGGCGUUCGAGGCCUAGAAGGUUGGCGAUGGCUAUUCCUCCUCGUUGGCGUACCACCGUGCCUAUUAGCAAUCCUCAUAUACCUCAUCUUGCCUGCUUACCCCGAGAAUGCAACGUGGCUCUCCGAUGACGGUCGUGCUCUUGCCAUUCGUCGAAUGAAGCUCGAGUCCUCCAAGUCUUUGACGAAUGAGAAGAUAACUUGGGAGGGCGCCAAGUCAACGUUGAAAGAUUGGAGGCUUUAUUUGCACUAUUUGUUGGGCAUCUCUUGCUUUAUACCCGUCGCGAGCAUAUGGACUUUUACGCCGACGAUUGUUAGCGGACUGGGAUACCAGGGGCGAGAUGCACAGUUAUUUGCUGUUCCACCUUUUGCGGCGGCGCUCGUCGCUACGGUGGGACUUUCCGCCGCGGCGGACAAGUACAGAGCGUGGUCAUUGUGUACACUCGUGUCAUCCGUUUUAUCAGGGACGAUGUUCAUUGUUCAAGGUGCGCUACCGCCAGCAGCUUUUAAAGCGCGCUAUGUAUCACUCUGCUUUGCAUCUAUGUUUACCUUCAUGCCUUAUCCGUCGACGAUGGCUUGGCUUACUGGCAAUCUAAGGAACACUAAUGCAAUGACUUUGGCUAUUCCGUUGAAUAUGGUAUUUUCACUAGCAGGAUCGCUCACGGGGUUUCGUAUAUACUUUCCGAGAGAAGCACCAGGGUAUCCAACUGGGCAUUAUACCAACGGAGCAGUGUUGUUGGCGGGCGCAGUAUGUGUUCAGCUGCUGAGAUUGAUUUAUCAAAGGAGGAAUAGGUAUCUGGAUAUUGGACAGAAACCCUGGAUCGUUUGAUACGGUUGGGUUUUUACGUCUCUCUUUUUCGUUUAUCAGAUUCUCAACCUGUAAUAUCAAUACCAAUGGUUUUCCAAAUGUCGGUCUGUAGAUUAGGUGUACAACUCGAUUUUCUUUGCAGCUCAGAGAAGCUUCACUCUUCGGUUACUCCUUAGUCUUUUCGGAGGAUCAAGC